UAGCAGUCUGCCAGCGGUACGUGUUUAUGUUUGCAAACAAUUGUGUACCUACAUCUCGUGUUAUGGUUUCUAAAGUAAAUUCUAUGCGGUAUUCAGGUGAACUGUGUGUGUGUGUUUUGUGUUUGGAGUGAUACCAACGAAGUACGAUGAAUCGGGAGCGUCUAAUGCUUUAUAGAAAGUUAUCCAUGAAACUGUAGUACACAUGACGUCUCUUAACAGAGGAUACAUACUUACAGGUGGUUGACCAAGUUGUGGGUGCAGUAGAUUAGCAUCAGUGGCUGAUAUAAAGGAAAAGAACACAGUGGACUUGGGAAAACAAAGGAUUGAAAUUAUCACAAGGAUGGCUGAAACCAAUCAUUGCAACUUUUUCUUGGAGAAAAAGAACAGAUUCUGCAGAAUGCUUACCAAAGACGGAAGUGACUAUUGUGGUGAACAUCAAACAUUUGCACCUACUGAACUUCAAGAAGUUGCAGACCAAUUUGCUCGAAUGGUGUGCCCCCUAGACAGCAGUCACACCUGCUAUGUUCGCCAUUUAAAAAAACAUCUAAGAAAAUGUAAUGCCAACAAGAAAGAUCCCGUCUAUAUAACUCAUGGACUGAACAGAGGAAGUUCCACAGUUGACGAGAUCCAUGGGCCAACUUUGUGUACCAUUGAUGAUCUGGCUUUAGUGCAGUUAAUUUCUAAAAUAGAAACAGUGUGCACAGGUAUCAUUCCCUCUGUUACUGAACGAUCAUCAGUACACCCUCGCUUGCAAAAGGAGAUUGAAACACAAGCGGAUGGAGUUAAUUCAAAGAGACAGCUAUCACAAGUGUCUUCACUUUUGUCACUCAUUGAGAAGUUCAAUAGUAUUCACACGGAUACCUGUUUCCUCGAAUUUGGUGCUGGAAGAGGUAUGCUGACAUAUUGGCUUGGAGAAAUAACUGCUGAAGUACCACAGUCUUCUUUUUUACUUAUUGAACGAUCUGCGUAUCGUCAUAAAUUUGAUGGACGCCUAAGCACUAAAAGAGACUGUGUUGUAAGAAGAGUGAAAGCUGACAUUGGUGAUCUCAACCUUGAUGAAAUAGAGUUGCUAAAAGAACACCAGCAUCUAGUUGCACUCAGCAAGCACCUAUGUGGUGCUGCUACAGAUAUGGCUUUGAGAUGUAUGACCAUGACAUCUGAAGAUAUUUCUAUGAAGUUUCGUAGUAUAUUUAUAGCCACUUGCUGCCAUCAUCGAUGUGACAUUUCCUCUUAUGUAGCAAUGGAUUAUUUAAUGGAACUGGGUUUUGAAAUUUCUGACUUUAAUGUCAUGUGUGGUAUUACCAGUUGGGCAACAUGUGGCUCUCGGAAGAAUGAGCUAAUUCCCAAACCAGAAGAUUCAGUUGAUAGGUAUGCACGACUGCAGCUGACACACGAGAAGAGAAGAAAAAUUGGCAGAAUGUGCAAGUUAAUAUUUGACUAUGGAAGAAUCAAAUUUCUAGAGAAAUAUGGUUACCAUGGGGUAUUGACAUACUAUGUACCUGAAUCAGUUUCACCAGAGAAUGUAUGUUUAAUAGCAAUAAAAAAUUGAUUGAUUUUAUUAA